CGAGGUGAGGGAGCACGUGCUACUGAAACCUCUUUUGAUUGGUUCGCUUACCAAGGUGCACCUGAUGGAGGCGUGACUGAUCGAACAAGGAUGGACGAGUGGUGGACUGGUACAAGUUGUAAAACAAUUCAGCUCCCAAAGGAUAAAUUCCAGACUGAGCCUACGGUAAUAGUAACAGCGGAACACAUUAGUACUGCCUUCAAACACGAUGCUGCCAACAUCUGGCUCGAGCAAGUCAACAAGACGUCUUUUCAAGUGUGUUUGCGUGAAUUACAGAACUUUGACGGUUUACACCAAGACAUUCAUGUGAGUUGGCUCGCGUUUGAUAAAGUUCACCAGCCUCUAUUCAGUGAAAAGAGACAGAUAUACUUUCCAAACAAAGGACGUCCAUCAGUGAGAAAUAAUGGAGCAUUUUGCAAGGAUGUCAAAUACAUCAAGAGUUACAGUUUUGUGCCUGUUGUUAUCUUGUCGACCAACCAUACACAAAGACAGGAUGCAAACAAAGCAGUCUGCGAUGGAGUUUCAACGUGGAUCGAGUACCUAAACACGACAGGAUUUCGUGUGUGCGUCAAGGAACUCUACACCAAUCAAUACGAACCAAUGACAAUUAGCUACUUGGUAUUGGCAGAUAUAUGUGAUCCAGGAUGGAGAUACUUCGAUGGAGUUUGUUUUCAGACCAGCUCUUCGUGUGAUACUUGGUUGAAUGCAGAGAAUCAGUGCAGGUCAUCACAGUCCCACCUCGCAACCAUCAGAUCUCAGCGAGAAAACGUGUUUGUACAACAACAGCUCAACGGUGCCAAGGGCUGGCUUGGCUUCAAUGACAGAAGCGUUGAAGGAGAUUUCCGAUGGUCGAGUAAACUGCGAGGGAACUGGACCUACUGGGAGGUCAAUCAACCUGAUAAUGCAGGCAAUCAAGACUGUGUUCGCACUCUUGGUGUUCAUCACGACUACCGCUGGGACGAUGCCUCUUGUGCUGACUGUCAUAACUUUACUUGUGCUAAAGACAUGGAUGAAUGUUCAGUUGAUCAACACAGUUGUCAUGGUGAUGCUAUUUGUACCAAUACGUACGGAUCGCACACAUGUCAAUGUAAAACCGGUUUUACUGGAAAUGGUCAGCAAUGUACUGAUAUUGACGAGUGCUCCACUUCACCUUGUGAUGUCAAUGCCACAUGCUCUAACGUCCAAGGAUCUUAUAACUGUCAAUGUAACCAUGGUUACACUGGGGAUGGGUACACCUGCACUGAUAUCAACGAAUGUGCGUUCAUUUUGUGCGAUUCAAAUGCUAUCUGUACAAACAUGCCGGGAUCUUACACUUGCAAGUGCAAACUUGGAUACUAUGGCAACGGAUCCAUCUGUAACGCGCAUGCGUACCGUGGACUAGGAAAUUCUGCUAUUCUCAAAAACUACGGCAACAACCAAUAUUGGCAGGACUUGUCUGGGUUCUUGAGUCCAGUGCUUCAAGAUGCGAGUAAGAGUCGUUGGGUGAGAUGUUGGAGAGCUGCUAUUGAUGGAUGGGAUGUGGAUUCAACAUUCCACCCCCAGUGUGACAACAAAGGACCRACAGUUACCAUUGUUCKUGUUGGUAGUUACAUCUUUGGUGGCUAUUCUGAUGUAUCAUGGGAUAGUUCGAGUGGCUGGGCGUCCUCCACUAAAGCUUUCCUGUUCUCACUGUACAACACACGUGGUUACAGUCCCGUCAAGUUACCUGUUGUAAAGAAUCACCAGCAUGCUAUAUAUAGAGGCAGUGGUUAUGGUCCUACAUUCGGUCCUCAUGACAUGUACAUAUCUAACCAGGCAUCAAGUAAGGCUAAUAGUUACCUCUAUGUGUUCACAUACAAAGUUCCACCUGGCUGUAGCCAUGGUAACCACUGCUCAUUCUACACAGGCAAAAGUCACUUUAAACCCAGUGAUGUUGAGGUUUUCUAUGAAACCACUAACUAGCAAUGAAGCUGUCUGUAACUGCAUCAAAAAGGGAUUGUAAUUAUGCUUAGAAAGGUUGCAGYAUUUAUUCUACAAAAAGUGAAAAUGUUUCGUUGAAUUAAAAAAAUGUCCUUAUGCAUGAUGCUGGAUUGAAAAAUAAUGAAAUCACCUCACCUUGACUGCAGUACUUUAUUWUAUUUUGAUUUUGUUUUGUCAGUAAUCCAUUUCACGGUUUUCCACCGUGGGAUCUAGAAAUCAAGCUGAGAUCAUAAAAGGUUUUUGUCAUGUUACAAUGGAAAACUCAUGAAAUACAUACUGGAAUAAAACUGUGAUCAUCUAGAAUUGUAUGAAAUAGCGAUGUGAGAUGUAAACAAUUUCUCAUUAGACGAAUUCAUUCAUUAAGAUUCUUUGAGAAUUGCGGGAAUUUUUUGGAUGAAUUUCACGUAUUAUGAAAACAUCCGCAUAUAAAAAUACUUGUUUCUGAUUGGCUGACUGAUUGUGAAUUUUCCCAGAAUCCAUUCUGGAAUAAUUAUUGUCAUAUACCGUCCUCUUUAAAAAACUGAGGUAUGGCACUAAGUGGUGUAAAUCCAUAUAGAUGCUACAACCUUUCUGAGCAAAUAAACAGAAUACUAAAGUGUAGUUCUAGGCUCAAUAUAUCUGAGUGAUUUCAUGUAACCAAGUAAAAGCACAGCUAUAAGAUAAUGUAAUGUAGGGUGAUGGUGGUUUAGUCUCAAUGAAAACAUUGAAAAACUUGUGUUAAGAUUAA